GCAUUAAUUUUCGCUUAGAUUCAUGCAACUCCGGAGAGCAUUCAGUAACCCUUUCGAUGGUUAAUCAUCUCUGGUAACUUCAGGAGAGUUAGUGCACACCAACUGUUUGAUGAAAUUCUUCAGAGAAGAUGCUUCCCAUAGUCAGAUCAAACGGUUUUGCGUUUUUAACAUAUGCUACAAAAUUUUCGCGCCAUUUAUGCUCACAUCACUUGGUAGAUCAAUCGGACCAUGCAUCGAUGGAGUUGCAUGAAGUUAUUCGGAUUGUUUCUUCCCCCAUCGGUGGUCUGGAUGACCUUGAAGAAAGCUUGAACCAGGUUUCGGUUUCUCCAUCAUCCAAACUUGUUCACAAAGUGAUUGAUUCCUGUAAGGAUGAGACUUCACCGAGAAGGCUGCUGAGAUUUUUCUCCUGGUCUUGUAAAAACCUGGGAUCUUGUUUAGAGGACAAGACAUUCAACCAUGUACUAAGAGUUUUGGCUGAGAAGAAGGAUCAUACAGCUAUUCAGAUACUCUUAUCAGAUCUCAGGAAGCAGAAUCGGGCCAUGGAUAAGCAAACGUUUAGCCUCGUGGCCGAAACUCUGGUUAAGAUUGGUAGGGAAGAAGAUGCUAUAGGAAUCUUUAAGAUCUUGGACAAGUUUUCGUGCCAACAAGAUAGUUUCACUGUGACAGCUAUUAUAAGUGCGCUCUGUUCCAGAGGACAUGUGAAGAGAGCAUUGGGAGUUAUGCAUCAUCACAAGGCUCUAAUAUCCGGGAAUGAAUUGUCUGUGUACAGAAGUCUUUUGUUCGGUUGGUCGGUCCAAAGAAACGUGAAGGAAGCAAGAAGAGUUAUACAGGAUAUGAAAUCAUCCAGGAUUACACCAGAUUUGUUCUGUUACAACACAAUGCUUACCUGCCUCUGCGAAAGAAACGUUAAUCGAAACCCGUCUGGGCUUGUUCCUGAAGCUUUGAACAUUAUGUUGGAGAUGAGGUCUUACAAAAUCCAACCUACUUGUAUUAGUUACAACAUAUUGCUUUCUUGUUUGGCAAGGACGAGGAGGGUUAAAGAGUCUUGCCAGAUUCUAGAACAGAUGAAGAAAUCGGGAUGUGAUCCCGAUACAGCGAGCUAUUACUUCGUCGUGAGGGUUCUGUAUUUGACAGGAAGGUUUGGUAAAGGCAACCAAACGGUGGAUGAGAUGAUCGAGAGAGGACUGAGACCUGAACGCAGAUUCUAUUAUGAUCUGAUUGGAGUUCUUUGUGGGGUCAAACGGGUAAACUUUGCGCUUCAGUUGUUUGCUAAGAUGAAGAGAAGCAGUGUGGGUGGUUAUGGUCCGGUUUAUGAUCUGCUCAUACCCAAACUAUGUAAAGGAGGAGACUUUGAGAAAGGAAGAGAGCUUUGGGAAGAAGCAAUGUCACUUGAUGUCACGCUUAGUUGCUCUGUCGAUUUACUUGAUCCUUCUCUCACAGAGGUUUUCAAGCCGAUGAAGAAGAAGAAAGAAGAGGCUGCCAUGGUAGAUCGUCGUGCACUCAACUUAAAGAUCCAUGCUAAGAUGAACAAACCAAAGCCAAAACUGAAACCAAAACGGAAAAGCAGGAGCAAGACGAAGAAGAAUCAGCAGGGCUGAUUUCUUCUAACCAUGUUUAGAACAUCUGAUGUAGCAGCUUUUUAUAAAUUAACAAUGCAGAAGCAAUGAGUAGAUUGUAGAUUUUGUUGUUAUUCACU